GUCUCAUUGGAUGGCGAAGAUGUGGGCGGAUUUACGCUGACGUUACCCAUACUAGGGAUUAACUUGGUUCUAUGUCGCCAUAUCUAUCACUUUUGCACCGGAUAGCCUGCUUAACUGCAGAUUGAAGGUAAAGAGUAUUGUAAACGUCGUCAACCCUUAUAUCAAUCUCUGUGUUGUGCACAAUACUGUUGCUAGGCUACCGUGAAGGCGCGCGGUUAAAUGUGAGGUACCUGGAUGAGAAGCAUACGUCGCACUGAGUUUACAGUACCGAUGUGCUGUCACACUGAUGGGGGCCGACGGCAGUAAAAACAGGAAGAGGCCCGCUGAAGGCCAGGAGGAGGAAGACUUCUCAUCUGGAUGGCGGGGCUUCCUCUCCAGCUUAGGCCUGUCUAUCGCACCAGGCCUCUGUCGCCUGGCACCAUCUGCCCUGCAUCUGGGCCAGCGUCGAAUGCUCCAAGGCAAACCCCCCGACGUCCCAGACCAUGUCCUGAGGUUGGCGGGAGUCGGCCCAGGCAAGCUGAGAGCAGAGUGGAGCCUGCCAGGGUUCAUUACCUUGUUCUUGCCCGAAUUCCCCCACAGAACUGUGCCUGGGUACAAACACUUUCAGGUGUUGAGUUACAUCGCCAAAGGGUCAUUUGGACCCAUUCUGAAAGUAAAGGACAAGAAUGAACAGAAAACAUAUGCUGUCAAAGUUAUACCUAAAUCAGAGAUUCUGAGACUCGGGGUGUUGGAGCAGUCAAAAGAAGAAGUUAUUGUGCAGCGUCAGGUUCGCCACCCAUUUGUCCAUGACCUCCAAGACUGCUGGCAGACUCAGCACCACCUCUACAUUAUGUGUGAUUACUGCAGCACAGGUGACCUGUACACUUACUGGCAGAUGAUCGGUCAUUUCUCGGAGGACACGGUGCGAGUGUUUGCAGCAGAGUUGGGAUGUGCACUCGGCUUUUUGCAUGACUUUGGGAUCAUCCACAGAGAUGUGAAGAUGGAGAAUAUCCUGCUGACAGACAACGGACACCUUCGCUUAGCUGACUUUGGUUUGUCCCGUCGCCUAGAGAGAGGAGGAAGAGCUUUUACCAUUUGUGGAACUAUCCAAUACAUGGCCCCAGAGGUGCUGAGUGGCGGACCUUACAACCACGCAGCUGAUUGGUGGUCGCUGGGAAUUCUGCUUUUCACAUUGGUUACUGGGAAGUUUCCCAUGCCUCCAGAACCAGAUCACUGCAGUAUGCUGAGGAAAGUAAGAAACUUUCCCUAUGAAACGCCUCUGAGCCUCAGCUCCCCACUGGCCUUGCUAAUAACAGAGCUUUUGUGCAAGACUCCCUCCCGCCGCCUGAGGACCCUCGAUCGUUUCAAACGCCAAACCUUCUUUCGCGGAACAACUUUUGACCUCGCCCUUAUGCAGCGCCAGCCUGUUGAGGUGAUUCUGGAGCUGAGAGAGAGACCUGACCGAGCUGCCAAAGCUAGACGAGGUCUCACUUUGUCUCUGCAACCUCUCAAAGGCUUUGAUUACGACUCGUUCCUCAGCCCUCCCGCCACGCCGGACACGCAGCUGGACGCCAACACACAAACCCACACAGCUGCACCAUACCCCGGCCCAUCAUUCCCACUGCAGCCUGCUCAGGAAAAGAUCCCACACAGAGAAGUGUUUGUGUGAUGGACUUUGAGUUUACAGUAAGGUUUCCAACACACUAAAAGUAAAGGCCUACAUUUAUGUGUGUCUGCACACUCAUUCACACUUACACACAGUUGUACUGCGCCUUCUAAAAUGUUUUAUUUAGUAAAAGCCAAAAAUAUCUGGUUAUGAUUUAAUUUGAACUACAGUUGAGAAAGGAAUGCUUCAUUUGAGUAACAUUUUAGAGAACCAGUUCCCCACUUGUAUUGGCAAGUUUUAUGUUAGAUUUAUUAAGAUUUACUGAACACUAUUUUUUUCUUCUUUUUUUACUUGUUUGCCUUUUUCUGUUGAGCACGUUUUUCAAUAUAUUUGCUCAAAAUGUGUGCAAGAAAGAUUGCGCUUUUGUUCAUCUACUUUCAGUUACAGGUGACUGGUCAUGGUUGCCCAGUUACUACAUUCUUAUCAUAUUCACCCCACAUGGCAAAGACCUUUUUUUUUUUUUUUUUACAGCAAGUUAUAUGUAGUUAAUAGAACUCCGACCAAAAGUCCUCAACAAAAUGAGUCUAUUUCGGAACUUCUGCCUUCAUUUUCAUGUUGCAUGAUUAUGAAACUGUUUUGGUGAGAGGGGAUGAAAGAAACUCUUUGCCUCCUGUUUUGAGUGAUAAUGCUGCGAUAAAACCUUUCCC